GAGAUUCGAAAACCAUAACUGCAGAACUCAGCCUCUCUUAUCUGAAUUUAAUUAGCCUAUCGAGAGUUGGAUAGAAUGUUUUCCCAUUUUGUAGUGUUUCUUGCAUCAUUGGGUCUUUCAAAAAUUCAAUUCGCUCAUGCAGAACCAUAUGAUCCCAGCAGCCAUCGUGCCUGGAAUUUUGUGAAUGGUGAGAAAUGUGGACUCCAACAUCCCCAGCAGAGAGUAUUUGGGGGAGAAAAUGCUGUUCUGGGGGAGUUACCAUGGGUUGUUCAAAUUAUCAUGUUUUUGGGCUCCCCAGUAGUUGAUUCCAGAAUGAGGUGCGGUGGAGCGAUUAUUAAUAAGAAGUUCGUUCUAACAGUGGCACACUGCAAACCUAGUGGAAAACUCUCUGGGAAAAUAAAAGCUGGUGAUUUAAACAGGGAUUAUGACCCAGACUGUGAUUCCAACAAUUUAUGUGCCCCAGUAGUCCAAGAAUAUGAUAUUGAAGAAUUCAUAGUUCAUCCAGAGCACAUUAACCCAGAAUUGGGCAAGGAUAUAGCUCUAGUCAAAAUUCGGGAUGAAUUCCAAUUCAACGACUUUGUUGCUCCUAUUUGCUUGGAGUAUGGUGAUAUGGUGUUGGAGGAUCAUACGGGAAAGGAUGCCAUAUUCGCUGGAUGGGGUAAAUUCAGAAUAGACCCAGUUACUUCUAUGCUGGAGUCUCCCGCCGUACUUCAGAAGAUCACACUUCCAAUCCGGGAUGAGAGCGAGUGCAAUAUAUCUCUGUCAAAUAUCACCAAUCCUGCCGUUCGUGAUCUCCAACAGGUCGAGACAUUAAUAUGUGCGGGAGGAUUCCCUGAUCAACACAUCUACCACGGAGAUUCGGGAGGGUCGCUGGCUGUACUUCAAGCCGUCGGAGAUGAUAUACCCAGGUAUUUCGCAGUGGGUCUUUGUUCACUGACCUACCCAGAUGUGCCUCGAGACACACCUGUUGCCGACAUCUUCACGAGGGUCUCCUACUACUUGCAAUGGAUCAUGGACACUAUCGCUCAAGAGAAUGGAAUAUAGUUUGAUUUCUUCAUUCAUGAAUAAUAAGGACACAUUAUCAUCGUUUGAUAGUAGAUAAUCGCAUAAUCAUAAACAAUCAUCAUGGGUUAUCGCUGAAGAAAGUGUAAUAUAUUGUACUAUUUAUUAUUAUUUAUAAUUCAUGAAUGAUGAAAACUCAUAAUCUAAGAAACAAUGUUUGGGAAUAGAAAAACAGCCUCAGUCCUCAUCUACUAGCACUAUAAAUUAUUAUUGAAUAGUGCUACUUAGCUCAAUUCCAUUUCCCAGUUUCGAUUGAAAAUAAGUCGAGAAAGGAUUACAUUCCGUCAGCACCUUCAAAUUUUCAAAUUCAUUGUUCAGCUCAAAUUAUUACAGACAUUCAUGGAUGCACGAGUACUUGCAUUUAUUAAGGGAUGUAUCCACUUGAAUAAUGGUUUAUUCUAUCAAUUACAGUACCGUAUUGUUAUUGUUAUUUUGUAAUGAUUGAUAUGUUUGACAUUAUUCGGUUUUCUAACAAUAAACUAUUUUGGAAUUUGUAUUCCGUCACAUUCAUUCAUUGAUAGGAAUGAGUGUGAAAUCUAUAGUAUAAUAA